AUGUUAGAAUUAACCACUGAUACCCCGGACCCGAAAAUAAUUGGCAAAGGUAUCGAUCUUUUCAAACCCCUUUUAAAAAAGGUCCGACACUUUGACAACAACAUCGUCCUGUUGUCUGCCGUCGCCGGAAACUCCUCGUCUGAAAAUAACUGGGACACGAUCGACAUCCAGGGAUGGGAAAAUAAACAUCUUAUCAACAAUACGUACAAGUGCUGUGUGCGGUAUACAUCCGGUAAGGUGCGGUCGGUUCCGGCGACCAGGACCAUCUGGUCGAAUGUUGUGUCAGAAAUGACGGCCAUGCACUUUGUCUGCUCUAAUCUUACCUCCCGAUCCGGAGAGAUACCAGACGUUGCCACUCUAGCGGACCGCAAGCAGGAGUGCCAUAACUUAUUCGACUGGUACCUACCCUUGAAAUUCGCGCAUGCACAUAAAAACGAGAUCGCCGUUUGUGGUAAGAUCGCCUACGGCAGCUUGGCAGCCGAUGACCUGCUCAGCUGGUUCGAGCUUCACCGCCGGCUGGGCGUCACCAAGGUGCUCGUGUUCACUCAUGACCUGAACCCUGAGGCGACUCGGGUACUGCAGUACUACCGUGCGCUCGGAAUGGCUGAUACAGUUCCCCUCGUAACGGUGUUUGAAUGCCUGGCGCUCCUGCGCGGAUACCGUUACCUCGCUCUCGUGGACACGGAUGAGUACCUAAUAUCCAACCGGGGACUGACGUGGAUGGACAUGCUGGACGAAUUGUUCGCUAAAUAUCCUGCCGCCGCGGGCCACAACUUCCUCGUGAAAGUGCACGUUAUAUCACCGAACUUGAAGAGCAAUAGCUCGCAGUUCAAAGUAGGACAGUUCUUGAACAGCACGCGCCCUUUGCCUGACCGGAUGAAGCACGUGACAAUACCUGAUCGACUGGCUCCUGGUUUUGCGAUGUACUUCACACAGGCGGCUUUCUUACCUAUUCCAUUUAGAGCAGACGUGGUGUCGCAUCCUGUCAAUGCGUGA